AUGAAUAACCUUUCUGUUAUUAUUACAGAUCUUUUGUCACACGACGCUGAUAUCAAUGCAAAAGAUUAUAAAGAGAGAACUGCUCUUCAUUUGGCUUCAAAACACUCAAAUCACGGAAUUAGAGAGCUUCUGAUUUCUAAUGGAAUAGAUGCUGAUGCCAAAGAUAUUUACGGAAAAACUGCUCUUCAAUUAUAG